AUGCAAGAAAUCAGAUAUAUGAAAUAGAAGUACCUUAAUCUUUCCAGACUUUUUAGCUCAAAUUUUACUUCCGAUUUCUUCAAAGGGUUAGUUAGUUAAAUGGAAUGUAUUAGAAGAGGUCAAUAACUAGGUUCAACCACUAAACUUAAUAAUAAAGAUUUUCCUCUCUUUGACCAAAGAAUAGAAAGAAGAUGGUAGCUUAACAACUACUAUGCAGAUCCCUAUGAUUCUUCUUCCUUCAAGGAAAUUUCUUAGCUGAUCUAAAGUUAUAAGAUUAAAUAUCACAGAAAAAAGUGCCUAUAAAGUAUAACUUAUUGUUAAGCAAUUCAGAGAGCAGACAUAGUAGCUAUGACUACAACUGGCUGUGCAAAAAAUAGUGAAUUACUAAGAGAUGUUAAUUUCCCAAUUGUAAUAGUUGAAGAAGCAGCUGAAGUAUUUGAGGGUCAUAUUUUAACUGCUCUUAGUUAAAAAACUGAACAUUUGGUAUUAAUUGGAGAUCAUCAGUAAUUAAGACCCUCACCAGCUGUUUACGAAAUGGAGAAGUAAUACAAUUUACAUAUGUCCAUGUUUGAAAGACUGGUCAAGAAUGAUUUUGAAUACACUACUCUUACAAAUUAGAGAAGAAUGAGACCAGAAAUUUCAAAGAUGAUUAGAUUCCUUUACCCUAGUUUAACAGAUGAUUAUAAAGUCAAAGGUUACCCAGCUAUCAAAGGAUUAGACAAGAAUGUAUUCUUUAUGAAUCACAAUUAAUUCGAAUCAGAGGAUGAUGGAUUAUCCUCAAAACUGAAUAAAUUUGAAGCUGAAAUCAUUAUCAAGUUCAGCAACUAUCUGAUAUAAUAAAACUAUAAACCAACUUAAAUUACAGUUUUAUCCUUGUAUUAAGGCCAAUCUUUUUACAUUAAAAAGCUAGUUAAGCAAUAGUAUCAUAAGGAUGAUCCCAUAAACUAAAUUAAAGUAGUUACUGUUGAUAAUUUCUAAGGUGAAGAGAAUGAUAUUGUAAUCUUAUCAUUAGUUAGGUCUAAUGCUCAAAAUAAUAUUGGCUAUCUAAAAGUUAGUAACAGAGUCUGUGUUGCUUUGUCAAGAGCUAAGAUUUCUAAACAGCUCCAGAAGGAGGAUGUCUAGAAAAUUGUGAUACUAGAUUACCUUGUGGUCACAAAUGUGAAAGACUUUGCCACAAUUAUGAGGUAACAGAAACAGACAAAACUGGACAUGAUAAACAAAAAUGUCUAAAGCUAUGCGAAAGAGCAAAUCCAUGUGGUCAUCUUUGUAAAAGUUAAUGCUUUAAAUGUGCAUAAAAACUUUCAGACUGUCCAGAGAAUAUUUAAGUCCAAAUGGGCUAAUGUGGACAUAUUAAUACCGUCAAAUGUUUUGAAAGAUAUACUGCCAAGUGCAAAUCUCAAUGCAAUUUAGUUAAAGAUUGUGGACAUUUUUGCACAAAAAUAUGUUCAUUUGAUUGUUCUAAAGAGAAAUGUACAGAAUAUGUAAAUAAGAUCUUACCCACUUGUAAGCAUGCUAUUGAAUUAAAAUGCAUUGAGGAUCCUUUUGAUUUUGAACAAAAAAAUGGAUGCUAUAAAUAAUGUGGUAAAAUUUUAGAAUGUGGACAUCCUUGCUCAGAAAAUUGUGGAAAAUGCUAGAAAAACAAUUUUCAUGGUAAUUGUGAUUAAAAAUGCUAGAGAAUCCUAUUCUGUGGUCAUUAAUGCAAAGAUAACUGUGUUAAAGAUUGCAGUUCUUGCUCUUCUCAAUGUGAAACUAAAUGUUAAAAAGUGUCAUGAGCCUUGCAAUAGAAAAAUAUGCGACUAAUCUUGCCAAAAAUUAUUGUAAUGUGGUCAUCCAUGUCUUGGAUUAUGUGGAGAUAAAUGCCCAAAUGUCUGCAGAUAAUGCAAUCCCAAUCAUGAGACUUUCGAAAUAUUUUUUGGGCCAGAAGAUGAUGAAUAGUCUAGAUUUGUAGAAAUUGAUUGCGGGCACAUCUUCGAAUCAACAAGUUUAGAUUAUUGGAUUAAUCAAAAAGAUAAAGAGGAAGUAAAAGAUGAUGAUCUCAACCAAAACAAUGCAACCUUUGUUAAAUUUCCAGAAUGUCCUAGAUGCAAGCAGUCUAUAAGAAAAUGUUCAAGAUACUAAAAUAGAAUAAACAGUGUACUAAAUGAUAUUAAUAUCCUUAAAUUGAAAAUUUAAGACCAAUAGCACCAGCUUUAAAGCAAAGAGAAUUCUUUAAAAUAAGCCUAUGAAUAAUUGAAAAAUCUUUUGAAAGAAUGCACUAAACAUUAUGUUAUUGAAGGCAUGCCGAUUCUUGAGGAGUGGAUGAAAAAACUUUCUAUUCCUAAGAAGACAUCAAUAGCUCUUCAUAACCUUGAAAGGAAAUUAUUGUUGAUUUAAUUGCUGAUUUCUUACUUUAAAUAUCUGUCCUAAGUCCAAUGGUAAAUGGUUAUAUAGAACAAUAAUUUGGAGAAAAAAUGUUUAAAAUACAUUAAAGAUUUGAAAUCUAAAAAGUUUGUUGUAAGUGAUGAUUUUCUAGAAAAGUGUAAGCUACUUGCUGGAAAGGUUGAUAAAUCCAUGAACUUUAAAGAUUUUAUUUAGAGUCUUGGAAAAGCAAUUGGUAUUUCUGGUGGCAAAUGGUUUAAAUGCAAAAACGGACAUUAUUAUGCUAUUGGAGACUGUGGAGGAGCUAUGGAAAAAGCAAGGUGCCCGGAGUGCUAAGAAGUUAUUGGAGGAAGUAAUCAUCAACUAGCAGCUGGAAAUUAGCAUGCUAGAGAGAUAGAUUCCUCAUCAAGACCAGCUUGGGAUCCCCAUGGAUUCGACCAAAGAGUCUUAAAUGGAGAAGUUAAUCUUGAAAAUUUUUUAUAGGAUUGA